AUGAAUGAAUCAUUCGCACUACUAAUCUUUGCCGCUUUAUCUGCCUGUUUUGUUUGCUCAUCAAAAAUGAAUAACAAAUUAGCAUUUGUUAAAUUAUUUGGUAAUAAGCAAUUCUUUUUCAUUAGCUUAUCACAUUGUCAAUUGCUAACGGAAGAAGUUUCACCACUGAAUACAUGUCCAUAUCGUAGUAUUAUCCGUAUGAGUAGCUUAUCAGAUCAGUUCAAUUGCUCACAUUUAACAUUACAUCUCAUUUCACGUGACAAUGAAGUGCCAAAAAUUCUAAUUUUAGGAGCUAAAAGAAUAUUCGGCAAUUUAAUUGCGCAACAGUUGCGAAUUCCAUUGCCCAAACAAAAGCAUACUUUCACAUAUACACAUGUGAAUUUGGAAAGUUCAUAUUAUUAUAUUGGUAACAAUCUACUUCAGAAACAAGUAUUUUAUUAUGUGAAAAAGCGGUUUGAUAACAAGAUUGUCAUCUAUUCGAUACCCUGUGAGGAUAUUAUGCAAACAUUGCUUGAUGGUAAGCCGGGAAUAGCAGUACAAAUGCUCGGUGAUGUUCACUUGCACCAUUUAAGCGUUUCACGUGGUAUUGCCGUAAUUCACGCAUUGGAUGAUGGAAAUACAAAACACUUAAUUACGUAA